CCAAAUCGUCUAUCGACUCCACUCGAUCUGCUAAAGUCUCUAGCUCUUUAACCACCACUCCAAAGCCACCUAGUCGAAAUGUCAAACGUCUUCUUCUACGAGCCUUUCUACGACUUUGACCGCUUCUUCGAGGAAGCAUUUGGUGGGCGACGCGCUCCUGCGACCAGUCGUCAACUCCAGACUCGUACCAACGAGGAUGACGGCGCUAUCAGGCACUUUAAGCCAAGGAUGGACCUCCACGAGGAUACUGAGAAGAACCUCGUAACUGCCACCUUCGAGCUCCCCGGCCUCAAGAAAGAGGACGUCAGUAUCGACGUGCACAACGGCCGGCUGACUGUCUCUGCUGAGAGCAAGGUCUCCUCGGACUACGAAGAAAGCGGCUACGCCGUCCGAGAGAGGAGAUUUGGCAAGCUCUCCAGGACGCUCCAGCUCCCUACUGGCUUGAAGGACGAAGAUAUCAAGGCCAGCAUGGAGAACGGUGUUCUGACUGUUACCUUCCCCAAGUCGACACCGGAAUUGGCGCCCAAGAAGAUCACCAUCUCGUAAACCCUUCUCACCGCCAGUCACCAACCAAUCACUCUAGCCUGCACUUUUGAAACCCUUCUGUAUCAUAUACGACCUUUGUAUUCGUAGCCUGCAUUGUAUACUAGUUUUCAAUUCUGAUUUUGUUUUUUGUUCUA